GAUCUUCCGCAAAAAUCCCUGUUGAAAUCGUCAAGGGACCCUCAAGACAACGUACUUUGGUCCAUCGUGCAUUGGAAGAAACUGGUAAAGAAGCUUAAAAAGGUCAGUCCGAGAAAGCCGGUUGGAAGUAUACAAAUAAGGAAAGAGAUCACUGGUUUGAUCCAGAUUGUAUUAACCUUUAAUGGCAUUGAAGAUACGCAGGAUCUAUCAUCAAUCAUAAUAACAUCAUGA